UUCUCCUACUAUGGCAUGCGAGCCGUGCUCGUGCUGUACUUCAAGUACUUCCUCAAAUGGGACGAUGACUUCGCCACCACGAUCUACCACACCUUUGUGGCUCUCUGCUACCUGACGCCCAUCUUAGGAGCCAUCGUUGCUGAUUCAUGGCUCGGGAAGUUCAAGACUAUUGUUUACCUAUCCAUUGUUUACGCACUGGGACAGGUAAUCAUGGCUGUGAGUGCUAUCCAUGACAUCACAGAUACAAACCAGGAUGGCACCCCUGACAACAUGACCCUCCACAUAGCUCUCUCCAUGGUGGGUUUGUUCCUGAUCGCUUUAGGAACAGGAGGCAUCAAACCCUGCGUGGCUGCUUUUGGUGGAGACCAGUUUGAAGAUCAUCAGGAGAAGCAGAGAAGCACCUUUUUCUCCAUCUUCUACCUGUCCAUCAACGCCGGCAGUCUGCUGUCCACCUUCAUCACCCCCAUCCUCAGAGCUCAGCAAUGUGGCAUUCACACUCAGCAGCAGUGCUACCCACUGGCCUUUGGUGUCCCAGCUGCUCUCAUGGUGGUAGCUCUGAUCGUGUUCAUUGUUGGAAGCGGCAUGUACACAAAGACGGCCCCUCAGGGCAACAUCAUGGUGAAGUUCUGCAAAUGCAUCGGGUUUGCUAUUUUGAACCGCUUCAGACAUCGCGCUCCUCGGUUCCCAAAGAGAGAGCACUGGAUGGACUGGGCUGAGGAAAAGUAUGAUAAACUCCUGAUCGCACAGGUGAAGAUGGUGCUGAAGGUGCUGUUCCUCUACAUCCCUCUGCCUAUGUUCUGGGCCCUCUUUGACCAGCAGGGUUCGAGAUGGACGCUCCAGGCAACCAACAUGGACGGCAACUUUGGACUCUUCACUAUCCAGCCUGAUCAGAUGCAGAUUGUGAACCCAAUCUUGAUCCUGGUUUUGGUGCCGAUCAUGGACAGUAUCAUUUACCCGCUGAUUUCCAAGUGCAACUUAAACUUCACUCCAUUGAAAAGGAUGACUGUAGGGAUGUUCCUCGCCGCUCUCGCGUUCAUCGCCGCUGCUCUGGUCCAGAUACAGCUCGACAAAAACCUGAACAAAUUCGGAGAAGUAAGGUUCAUCAACACACUGGACACAACGCUGGACUUCAAAGCUGGGGAGAAGUCGCUGACCUUAGCACCUUUCACGGCCACUGACGACUACAUAACCUUUGACCCGCCUUUCGUCCUGGAUCUUGGACCUGAGUCCACUUACAUAGUCGUUUUAGAGAAGGGCUCUAGAUAUACCAUACCCAUUAUUGAGAACAAAGGCAUUUUAGAGACUCAACUGUUCAGUGAUCUAAAAUGGAAGCCAGGGAAUGGUGCCAAUGCAAUAAGAUUUUACAACAGUUACAAAUCAAAUUUGAGCAUAACGUCUGGAUCCUCAGAAUUUGGGAACAUUGUCACCAACGACAUGUCGGAAUAUGUUCUACUACGAAAGGGCGAAGCAAAGUUCCUCGUCAGGGAUACUUCUGGAAAUCAGUGUGAAUACAAUAUGACUCUGGGAAGCGGCAGCUCCUACACCCUUUUGGUCCCAUCAACGUUCACAUUUGGAGCAAAUUGUCAAGACAGCAUCAAAUCAGUGAUGUUUAAUCUCCCUGACCCCAUCCACAUGGCCUGGCAGAUUCCUCAGUAUUUCCUCAUGACUUCAGGAGAGGUUGUCUUCUCUGUUACUGGCCUGGAGUUCUCCUACUCACAGGCACCCAGCAACAUGAAGUCUGUGCUGCAGGCUGGUUGGCUGCUGACCGUUGCCGUAGGUAACAUCAUUGUGCUCGCUGUGACUGGGGCUGGAUCGCUCCUAGAUCAGUGGGCCGAGUACAUCCUCUUUGCUUCUCUGCUGGUGUUCGUCUGCAUCAGCUUCGCCAUCAUGGCCUAUUUCUACACCUACACCGACCCAGCUAAGAUAGAGGCCCAGUUUGCUCAGAUGGAGCCUGACGACAAAGAGAAGAGGAAGAGUUUGGAGAUGGCAAGGAAGGACUCUGUUGAAAAACACAACAGGAGGAGCUCCGACUCCAGCACUGAAUCCAGCCCUGAAGUGGAUAAACAGACCAAGAUCUAAAGCUGACUGUACUCUAGGCUGACCCUCUUUCCUGGAUGAAUGCUGCUUGGUCCUGGGUCUCAGGGUGAAUCUGCUGUGAAGUUUCAGGUCAUUUUGUGAAGUUGGUCUGGACUGCUGGGCUAAAGUGUGAAGAAUCCCUGGGUCUUUUCUGGAUGUUAAUUUCAGCUUUGGCUGUUGUGAAUUUGUUUUUACAAUGAAUUAUUUUGCACUGUGUAGCAACAUCUUUGUGUAAUUUUUCUUUCAUAAGCUCGUACUAGAGCACACAUACAAAGAAGACCAUACCAGCGUUUGUAUUUUUUCCCAAUCAGUGUUGUACCUUCUGUAAUAUAGUGUCUCUGUUUAAUUUAUACGUAUGAUGUUGUCUGAUUGGUCCUAAAAUGUGUUGCAUAUGAUUUCUCUCUUUUGUUGAAGGUUUCUAACGUCUUUAUUAAAGCUACUCAGGACGUAUUUU